AUGCCUCUCCAGUCGCGCUGUGUUUGCCUGACCUGCUGCCAGCGCAGUUACAGAGCGCGGCGGAGAAUCAAACAUGGCGACCGCCGACAAGGAGAGAGCAGUAAGCCUGCGCUGGUGAGACAGGAGCCAGUGAAAGAGACAGAGAAGAGCGCAGAAGGAUCCGCAAACAGAGAUGCAGGAGCUGCUGAGAUCAUCUCCAUGACUCUGACGGAGCUGUCGGUCUUUAUGAAGAAGCAGGAGCUGGAGCUUCAGCUGAGAACAGAGAAGGAGAGGGAAGAGGCUGCCAUCACUGAGGAGCUGCUGAAGAUCACCGAGGAGAAGCAGGAGCUGUCGGGCCUGAGGGGCUUCGACUCGCCCUUCUACCACACCACUGAGACUCUGACUGGCUGUCAGGCACAAGACAAGACCCUCUCCAACGCCCAGUCCGGAGACCCCGUCACCCACCCUGUUGAAUCGACGCCAGACAAAGGGGAGAGCACCGCGAGCACCAGCGGGGUCGGGAGCGAAAGAGAAGGACGGGGAGCGGGGGACAGCAGGAGUUCAGCCCUCGAUCAGUCCUGGUCUUUCCAGUCAGGAUUCACCCCCAUCGACCACCACCUGCACCGGAGCCCUUCAGCUCCAGACGACGAGGUGAGCAAGUUUGGGAUGUUCUCCCCAAGCCCCUGCUGCAAGACCCCGGGGGCCAUGGUGCCCUACGAGUCGUUCUUUGACCUGGCUCUGCCCCGAGCCGCCUCGCUCUUCGUGGGCCAGAAGACGUCGGAGGCGGUGCACAAGGCGGCGCUGGAGAGGCUGCUGCAGCAGGAGGAGGGCCUGGAGGACGGGGAGGAGGAGGGGGUAGUGACCGCUUCGCCACUGGAGGUGCUGGAUCGCCUUGUUCAGCAGGGGAGCGACACCCAUGAUAAAGUUCUCAAGAGAUUACCUUUGCCAAGUAAGUCAGCUGACUGGACGCACUUUGGAGGUUCGGCCCCGCUGGACGAGCUCCACACGCUGCGCAGCCAGCUGCUGCUGCUGCACAACCAGCUGCUGUACGAGCGCUACAAGAGGGAGCAGCACGCCGUGCGCAACCGCCGCCUCCUCCGCCGCAUCAUCAACGCCACCGCGCUGGAGGAGCAGAACAACGCCAUGAAGGACCAGCUGAACCUGCAGAGCGUGGACAUCGUGUCUCUGAGGGAGAGUCUGCAGGUGGAGCAGCAGCGCUACAGGCAGCUGUGGGACGACCGGGAGACGGUGGUGACGCGACUGCACAGUCAGAUCAGACAGCUGCAGCAGGGCCGGGACGACUACUACACCAAGAACCAGGAGCUCCAGAGUAAAUUGCAAGAGGGUCAGAAAAGGAUAGAUGAUCUGGAGGCGGAGCUUCAGAGGGCCAACAACAAAGUCUGCCACACCGGUCACCUUCUCAACCAGAUGACUAUCAAGCUGAGCAACAGCGAGAGCACCCAGCAGCAGAUGAGCUUCCUGAACAAGCAGCUGCUGCUCCUCGGGGAGGCGCACAAGCUGUCCAUGCAGGACCUGCAGCACGGAGGCACCGAUAACACCAAGGAGACCCAGAUGCUGAAGGUGUCUUACGGGAACGAGGUGGAGACCCUGAAGCAAAGCCUGCUGGUCCAUGGUCAGAAACUGGAGGCGGCCCAGCAGAGAGUCGCCGAGCUGGAGACGCACCUCUCCAAGAAGGAACACCUCAUCGUCGAGCAGAAGAAGUUCCUGGAGGAUGUGAAGUGUCAAGCAAAGGCGGAGCUGCAGGCCUCCGACAGCAGGUAUCAGGUUCAGAGGAGGAUCACUCAGAUGCUGCAGACUGAACUCCUGCAGCUCUACAGCAGGGUGGAGAUGGAGGCUCCUGCCAGCACCGUCAGCAGUCCACCACCAGGGGGCAGAGCUGACCCACAGACUUGUGCUGACUCCAGUGUCACGGUGCCAGGUGGACGAAGCAAACCUCACACCAUCGAGGAGUUGGUAGAGGGUAAACCACCCCGCGACUCCUCCCGGGGCAACGGCAGCACUUUAUCGCCACGGCAACCAAAGGUGAGCAACUCUUCCAAGACGGCGGCGGCGGCCAACUCCAUGAACGGCAGCCAGGACCCGGCCCCACCGCCCCUGUUGGUGGAGCCCUCCCUGACCUGUCCCUACGGCAACCCGCUCACUGCCCUGCCCCCCUGCGACACACCGGUAACCGUGGGCUCCUACCCCAGCGCCAAGAGCUUCCUGGGCAUGAGGGCCCGCGAGCUGUUCCGCAACAAGAGCGAGAGCCAGUGCGACACGGAGCAACCCGCGACGCGUUUGUCCGGUCUUGCCCACGGCCUGAAGACGGAUCUGUGCGUGGAGCCGUCCUGCCCAGGUUACGGCGCCCCCGUUGGUCCCGUACCUUCCUCCACUCCAACCCGAACCCCUGCCACCCCUCUCACUGUGCCCACCCCCUCUGAGCCCAAGCAGCGGGCCACCAGCCAGGAAAGCCCCCGCCGGAAGGCAGCGUCAGGCUCAGGCGGAGGGAGGGGUCAGGCGGGGUCAGGGCGCCCCCGGCAGCAGCAGCUAAAGAUCAUGGACUACAACGAAACACACCACGAGCACAGCUAGAGACACGGAUCUGAGGCGGGACGCAGGGCGGCGGCCGAGAGACUACAAGUUUAAAACGAUGGAGAAGAGCUACAAAUCAGCUAAAGAGUUAACAUGUCAGUGACUCUUUGGAAUUCAGUGUUAUUUGUUCAAAUCCUCUGAGUGGACAACAGGAUUUCCCACAAUGUUUUCCUACAUUCUUUUUUUUCUUCUUUUUUUUCCAGUCAUUCCCCUGAAAAAUGUUGAAAAGGAUACAAAGUUGAUGAGUUGUUACCAGUGGAGAUGCUAGUGGUAUGCAUUUAGAUUGUAUGCAAAGACGCUCAUGCUAGCAAGAUGCAGUUAUCGAUAACUGUGUGACACUGUGAGUCUGAAGAUUAAAGGAUAAAUGAAUCCAAAUGACAAAAAAAAAACACUUUGCUUGAAAACAUUUACCCAUAUUUCUCAGAUAUGUCGCUUUAUUAUGCCUUCACAGCCAACACAAUGGUAGCAGCAACUUGUCUUCUGAAACAGUGUCAAGGUUACUUUGGAUAAUCAACAAACUUUUCUGAAUUUGUACUGGAACUACUUUUGAGUGAAGAAAUAGUCCCUUUGAAAACGAAUUAAAGUGAGGUUUGUGGAGUCACAUGGACACUAUUUGACAAAGACGGGCUGUGAUAUUUUUUAGAUGUCAGUUGUAACUUCUGAGGGCACCACAAUUAUAGCUUAUUUCACCACCAUUGUGUUGCUUAUGAAAACAGGAAUCUAAGAGACAAACAUCUCCAAAUGUGGACAGAUAAAACAAUAAACAAUUAGAGUUAAGUGAGAAUUCCUUUUUGUAGUUUGGAUGUGCUGACCCUUUAAAAUCCAAACAAAGAGCUAGUAAUGUUACAUCUGUCAGGCAUGCUUUGGCGUUGACCAUGGACCGAAAUAUAUGUUUGAUAUCAGAAUGCAUGUUGAGGGUUACAUCAAAGCGGUUGAGGUGAUAAGUACCUACAAGACGCUUCGUUUACUAUGGGGAAACUUUGAAGUGAAACCACUUGAAGAACUGACAUUUCCAUACAAAACUCAAUUGAGUUUUUGUCCAAAUUAAGUCAGAGAGAGAAUGUGUGUUUGCAAAAAGGCAAGCAUGUAGGUCGUGUUGGUUCUCGUAUUUCAGCUGAAAUGAGGAAAGUGUAUGAAAAUGUAAAACUGAAAUUGUUUGCAUUCUUUUGAAUUCUAUUGUACCUUUUUAUGUUUUAUUUAUUCAGCCAUGAAGGGCUCCCAUGACGUACAUAUCCUACAUUUGAAUCAGACCUGGCAAGUAACGCAAGCCCAAGCUAUAGUUACCUCGUUUUCUUCUGAUUAUUAGAAGUAAACUCUGGCAUUGAAAGUCGUCUAAAUCCUGUUGUCCACCUGGAACUCCUGCUGUCACUUCCUUUUGCCUCGCUAUUCUAAAGCAUGUUCAACAAUCCACUUUAAAUGCCAACAGUAGUAACUACCGCAAACCAAGACAAAAGGUACAAUCAGCACAAACUGAAGAAACCAGGACUCUGAACAGAGCUUGAGAUAUCUGGGAUAAAAUGGCAAAAAGGAAGUUCUUAAGGCAGUGGCUUGUGUUUAACUGUGAACAAUAAAGAUCGUCUUCAAUGUUUUGCACUACAA